GAUUUCUGCAUCGUUACUAUUUCGCAUUGGUGCCGCGAACCAAGUGACAAUCGAUCAUAGCUAAAGAAAUUUUGCACUCAGGUCACGUGACAGUUAUAAACCUGCGUUCGGCCGCAUGCAGCAGCAGUUGCCUGUUGCAACGCCGUUCAACUAGGCGAGCCUCUUUGUUGCCUAAGCUGCAAGAGUGUACUUUUUAAAGGAGUUCGCCGUUUAGCGUUUGUUAAAAGUUAUGGACACAGACGACAGUCAAGGUGCGGGACGUUCUGCAGACGACGAAACCGCAGACAAGAAUGAACAGCCAAGAAUGGAAAAAACAGAAAAUGUGGAGGAACCGAAGCUCAAGUAUAAGUAUCCGACCAGCACAAUGCCCGGAGGACCCUUGCAGUUUCGGAAACGACUGCAGAAAGGGCAACUGUAUUUCGACUCGGGAGACUAUUACAUGGCCAAGGAAAAAUCCCAAAAAGCGGUUUUGCAGAUGGGCCCAAGUGUCCCCACUAUCCUCCAGAGCCCCACAGGGAAGAUAAUCCCCACGGUGGAGUCACUGCCACCACGCAAGAACUCGCAAGUGCAGAGCAAGCUGGCGUCGGAGCUUUCUUCUGAUAAUAGCAGCAGUGCUGAAGAGGAGCCCUCUGCACACAGCCAGCUCGCUUGAUAAAAAAGACAAAGAAGAUAGAGUUCCUGUCAAGAACCUGUAAUUUGCCUCAUGCUAUCAGUUUUUUUUUUUUUUUUGCUUUCGGUCGGUCUUGUAUUACCUGUUUUUGGUACACUGUCGACGUUUCACAUAUUCUACUGAAUAUUAGAUAGACUCUCAGACUAUUCAUAGGUAUGCACUGGUUUUAACUUUUAAUUACUGUCAUGAAAUAACCUUGGUUGGUGCUCAGGAUGGUAUUUCUUUCCCUAACAGUAAAUAUUGCUCGCUCUGUUGCCCAUUGUGUGUCACCGACCAACAAGGUUUUGUAUUAUAUGCUUCCAGCUGUUUGCAAUAUAUUUACUUGCAAUGUUAAUUACUUUAAAGUGCAUGCAAAAAAAAAUGUUUUGAGAUGAAGUAUUUCCCUAAUGAUUACAACCAGAAAAAAAAAAGAAAAAUUAGUAUGUACAGCUUUAAGAUCAGUGUGCCAAAAAGGGCAAGCUUUCAGUAUAUUUAACUUUUCCAGGACAACCUUUUUACUAAUGGCCUACACAUAUUUUUGAAGCAUAUGUUGCGUAGUAACGUGUUCUUCUGCGAUGAGAAUGUUUUGCUGUAAUAUGUGCAGCUAGUGUAAUAGGUAAAGUAAACGUUGUGCAGAAA